AUUCUUGUAAACCAGUUUCGAAAUUUUGUUUUUGAUGGUUUUAAAUUUAGGUUAAUUACACAAACAGACAUGAAUAAAAUAAAUCAUAUAUAUGAACACAAAUCCGUUUAACACAUUAACACAAACACAAAUCAAUGAGUAAACUUGAUAUUUUGAAAAACCAUAGAGACCAUUUAUGUAGACUUGUCAUAAAUCUAACUAUGACAAUUUCAUCCAUAAUUUAAAUAUCGUUAAUUUUUAUGUGAAAUCUAAUUAUGUUCAUAACAUAUGCUAGACACACAUCAUAUAUGUAUUUUUCUUCAACCAAACCAUACACAGUUAUCUACCACCAAAUGAAAGAAAACAACUACUACUACACAUGUAAAAUAUAAACACAUCUAGAAUAUAAACAUAAAAUAAGAACCUUUAAAUAAUAGACAAUGGUAUGUUACUUGUAUACUCGAUACUCUUAAUAUUCAAAAGUGUUUAAAAGAUAAAAAACUUCAACUUUCUGAAUUCCAAAUCAAACUUAGUUGACAUAACAUGCCAUUUUUUUUUAAAAAUUAUAGUUAAAGAUGACAAUAUGUUGGAGUUUUGGUUUUAAUUUUGAGACCAAUGUUGAUAAUGCAACAAGCAAAAAUUUAAAUAAAACCUCUUUAAAACACAUGGUCAUGGAAUGUAGGGAAAUGAAUACAAAUGCUAACAUGAGUUUCCCCACCAUUUGUGCACAAUGUCUUUAGAUAGGGAAUAAGAUAUGAAACUUGACAUGAUAUCGAUUUUAGGAUUCUUUUUUUUUUACCACUAAGUUGCAAUGAAUUCAAAAUAAGGAAUAUGAUAUCAAUUUUUGACAUGAUAUUUACUUUAUGGAUUGCUUUUGUUUACACCCUCUUUACACCAAUUAAUGAAGGUAUCGAUGUCGAUAUAUGUCUCUACUUAUCUCAUCCGAAUGAGAUUCCAAGGAUUACCAUCAAUUCUUUUCCGUUGAGAUAAACAUAGAAGACAUAAUAAAUACAUAAGGCUAAGGGGUGUACCCUUUUAACACCUCUCAUUUUUUUUCCUUAUUAUCUCAUCACCAUGUCAUUUUACACUCACUCCCUCUCUAUGAUAGAAAAUGAUCACCUUUCACUCUCCUCAAUAUACACAACAACGUAUAUUGUAUUGUACAAUAAUAUGAAGCGUGAAACAAAAGAAAGAAACGCAGUGUAUUAGUCUUGCGCCAGAAUCCUCGCCACACCACCACCGUGACACCUCACCUCACCAUAGGUGCGGUGCCGACACACCCUCUCGCCUAAUAUUUAUGAGUUUGGUUGAUAGAAUUUCGUUAAUUUUGACAGUUGAGGGACCAAAUGAUUAACCUAGUUGGCUUUUUAAGACUUUGAUUACAAUAGUUGAAAUGUUUGGACUGAACUUAACUAGCAUAGAAUUCUAUUGGGUUUGUAAUUUACUUAUUGAUUAAAAUAAUGAAAUGAACAAAACACCGAUAUUCUAUACAAUGAUACCUUCGGACCACCGUAUGUGGCGGCAUUCAGCCAUUAGUCCACUCACGAACUAAUUGCGCGUCGGCUCCGUGGCCGCAUAAUCACCCUCUAAGCACCGCGUCCGCCACCAUAAAUGAAGGUUAUAGACGCAUAGAAGCUGUCAUCAAUUAUGAACGAACGGACUUGGCCUCACCGAUCAGAAACCUCUCAUUUCUCAACCCUACAAUUCCCUAUCAAAAAUUCGGCUCGAAAACAUGAAAAUUCUACUUCAAAAUCAAUUAGUGUCCGGCAGUUCCGACCAUCAUCAUCGUCGCGGCGUUCUGAUCAUUUCCGUGACUUCGCAGCGCUACCAAACGAUGUGUUAACUAAAAUUGCGGCGAAUUUUAGCCUCCCGAAUUUACAGGCAGCAUCGUUGGUUUGCAAAUCAUGGAGGGACGGACUCCGACCGUUGCGGGAGGCGAUGUUGUUUCUCCGUUGGGGGAAACGAUUCAAGCAUGGCCGUGGCGGUGUGCAGCCGAACAUCGAGAAAGCGUUGGAUUCGUUUCUGAAAGGGGCGGCGCGUGGAUCUACUCUCGCUAUGGUGGAUGCAGGAUUGGUUUUAUGGGAGAUGGGGAAGAAAGAAGAAGGUGUGGCGUUGUACAGGAAAGCAGCCGAGCUUGGUGACGCUGCUGGGCAGUGCAAUUUGGGGAUUUCUUAUCUUCAAGCUGAACCACCUAACAUGAAGGAGGCUGUGAAAUGGCUAUACCAAGCUUCUCUUGCUGGCUAUGUUCGAGGUCAAUACCAACUCGCCCUUUGCUUGCAUCGGGGUAGUGGAAUGAAUCAGAAUCUUCCAGAAGCGGCGAAGUGGUAUUUAAGAGCUGCAGAGGGUGGAUAUGUGAGGGCAAUGUAUAAUGUAUCAUUGUGUUACUCAUUGGGAACAGGGUUCUCACAAAACCAUAGACAUUCUAGAAAGUGGAUGAAGCGAGCUGCUGAUCAUGGACAUAGGAAAGCUCAGUUUGAACAUGGACUCUCUCUGUUUUCGGAAGGGCAGAUGAUGAAGGCAGUGGUGUACUUGGAGCUGGCGGCACGUGGUGGUGAGACGGCGGCAGCUCAUGUGAAGAAUGUGAUACUUCAACAGCUUCCACCACCUUCUCGAGAGCGUGCACUUAGUCUUGCUGACAAUUGGCGGCCUCUUCCAUCAUCCCGAUAAACACCACCAUCACCACUACCUUCGUCUGUUCAUUGUAUGUGUGCUUGGGGACCAACUUUGUUGUGGAAAAAAAAAAUCAAAAUCCAUACGUUUUCUCGUGAAAUACAUCUUUGUGUUCUUGAACCAAAUAAAAAUUAUAAGUUUCUAGGGAUAACCUAAAUGAUGUUUGAUAUAACAUUGUAGAUGUUUGAAACCAUUCGAUUUUUUUUUUAAAUGCAUCUAGUCGUAGGGUUUACAAAAGGGAUAAUGACUUAAAAAGGUAAUAUAUUUUUCGAUUUGUAAACAUUUGGUCACUGAGUUUUUUUUCGUUCACAUUUACCCAUUCAACUUAUUAAACUGUACACAUUCAGUCCUUAUGAUUGGUUUAUCCAAGUUAAUCGGGAAAAAUGAUUUAAUAGGGUAAUAUAUUUUUCAUUUUGUACACAUUUAGUCCUUAAUAUAUUUUUUCUGUUUCAAAAUAAGUCAUUUUUGUUUUUGUACUAAUUUAGUACUUAUGAAUGAUUUCUUUAGGUUUUUCUCACGACAUCUUACGUGAGACAAUCAUUUGAUGAAGUGUGUGGGGCUGUUGAUGUUUAUAUG